AUGCCUCCUGCCCAUUGUGAACGUGCUCGACGUUCUGCACGCCUCAAAGCUAACAAUCCAUUGCACUCAAGGGCAAUGGACGAUGAAUCAACCUCUCAAGGACCGCCCAAACCUCCAGAAUUGUCUGGACCCCAACUAACUAUCCAGUGGCAAAAUGACCGUGCUCUCACUGAUACCCUGGUGAAUUACCUGGUCUCUAAAUCUGCUGAUUGCAGAGUGCUAUUCUACUCUGACGGUAAAAAAGCGAUGACUGCUGUCGACGACCAUCCAUCAGGCUCGGAUAAAGGCCAGAUCCACCAGAAUAUCGCCAAGCUCUUAUUUGCGAACCACAGUAAGUAUGGUGCCGCAUACACCAUCAAUCCCAAAAAAUUCCGUGAUGCAGUUGGCAACCGCAUUGGAACUCUCAGGGGCAAAUACAAGAAAAUCAAGACGUCAUUUGGCAGCACCGGUGCUGGUGUGAUGCCAGCCGAAGGGACCCAAGCAAAUAACCUCUUAGAUGCAGCGCUUUUGGAGCUGCCAUGGUACACGGACCUGGACUCCAUUUGGCAUUCCAAUCCCUCCAUGGCCGCAGUGACUCAUUCAUCAAGACUGGGCGUUGAUCACGCCGGUGCAUUAUACUCACUUGUGCAACCACGUGGUGGGGCUGGUCCCCCCACGCACUUCGGCUCUACUCAUCAAUGGUCACCUCAAUACUCUCCGAGUGCUCAAUAUUACGUGUCCGCUCGUGCUCCUGUUCCCCCUUCUGCUCGUGCUCCUGUUCUCCCUUCUGCUCCUACUCCUGCUCCCCCUUCUGCUCCCCCUGCUCCCCCUGCUCCCCCUUCUCCCCCUUCUCCCUCCCAUACCACCCCUUAUAAUAUGUCCCCCCAAUUCCACCUUCCUGGUCUUCCGGCACCAGAUUACAACUUCGACUAUGAUGACGACAACUUUAAUCAAGAAAUCAGUGGAAGGUUUGACGCACCGCUUGAAGACACCCUAGAUCACCUUGACGGUGAUGAUAUGAUGGUCGACGGGACGACCGAUUGCCCUCCCCAUGUUGCAGGGAAGAAACCACAUAUUGCAGUAACAUAUCUCCGUAUUAUACGAGUGGACGGACGUGCAUAA